GAAGUUGACUUCUUCACAUCCGGGUCAAGUGUUGUUUACAACUGAUAGCUAUAGUGGCAUGCUAAGGCUAAAUGUUGAGACACCACAACGGGUGACUUUACUUUGUAAAUGUGUGCAACAUUCGUUUAAAUGGCGUCGCAGAUUCCCAUAACCGUAAAGACACCGCUAUCGGUGGCCGGUACCGCCGCGGUCCGCGGGAAGAAACGUCCCGGUAGUCCGGCGGUUCUGCAGCCCGCCGGGAGCAGCAGCAGCACCAAGAAGAAGAAAGGACCUUCAAUAAUGACACCUCAGACAAAAGUAACAGCAACUGAAGUGAUGCCUGAAGUGAAGGCAGUAGAGUCAGUAGACGGUGGUCCAGCUGCCACAGAGUCCACAGCAAAACCGCCUCCAUUUAAAGACCACACAUUUAUGCACUCAGGGAUUGGUGGUGCUGCAGCGGGAAAAAAGAACAGGACCUGGAAGAAUCUUAAGCAGCUUCUGGUUUUAGAGCGGACUUUACCCUGGAAGUUUGAUGAUCCAAACUAUUACAACAUCGACGCCCCUCCCUCCCUGAAGCCAGCCAAAAAGUACUCUGACAUCUCUGGGCUUCCUGCGAACUACACAGACCCUCAGACCAAGCUGCGCUUCACGUCCUCAGAUGAGUUCUCCUACAUCCGCCUCCUCCCUUCGGAUGUCGUAACCGGCUACCUGACCCUUCGAAAGGCGACGUGCAUAGUUCCAUGACAGCUGAAAGCCAUCUUAGAACCCUUUAAACCCAGUUUUUGGGAUGAAGUCAGUGGAGGAGGCUUCUGGGCCAGAGAUGAGAAGAGCGAAUACUCCUAACGCAGGACUCAAGGAUCAGCUCUGCAGCUAAAAAUGCUGAAUCUGAACCACUGCUGUGGAAACGAAAGUCUGAGUCGGCAAAAGGGACAUUUGUUGUUCUACUGUUGUAAAACACAGUUUGAGAAAGUGCUCUCUUAAUUUGUAAGAAAAACAUUUCUUUAAAUAUGUUUCAGUUUUCUUUGUAAAAAGGUGCUUCAAGAUAAAGCAAAAACAAAUGUUGGCUGAUACGCAUUUCCUAAAAUUAUGUCUUAAAAACUGCAGGAUCUGGUAUUUAUCAAAUGCUGUAUUAUCCUAAGAUGCUUUUAUAGCCUCACAAGACCUCUGGUUUCUGUAAUGUGAAAUUCAUAUGCAGGUGUUUUAUUAGGUUGUUUGAAGGAAUUCAUUUUUUGUUCACGCUUUAUGGUUAAGUUUAAUCAUUAAUAAUUAAGAAAGAGUCCCAAUGUCGUGUAUGCUUUUAAUGUAGGUGCAUACUAUCUGUAAGACGAUUAAAAAUGCAUUUCUCAACUGGAGUAAAGUAGAAACUAUGAACAGAAAAAACAUUUUUUUUGGUAGUUAUUUUUUCAUUUUUUUAACAUUCGCAUUAUGUCAGUGUGUUUACUCUAAGUUCCUCGGUGAUGUAAAGUGUGAAUGUAAUGUGUUUUCUCUCUUUUUUUUAAAUUGUAGAUUAGUUUUUCACGUGAUUACUUUACUGCAGGAAGUUACAAUUUU